AUCAAAUAAAUAGUUUAGUUUCUUUUUGUUUCUGCGAAAACAUAUUUCGUGUUUGUGACGUGUAUUAAAUGGUGCUAAAAAGAAACAGGGGCUAUGAAGACAUCGACAGCGGGUCGAGUAAUCAUGGGUCAUACUCGUCGCAGAUUAAUCACGUGGUACCAAGGCACGGGGAUGAUGAAAACGGAUUACCACAGGAGAUUGAGAUGGCAUCAGUCUCUGUUGUCCCUGAUGAUACAUUCACAGUAACGCAAGCUGUGAACGCCUUGGGUUUUGGAUGGUUCCAGGUGAAGUUAUCCUUAUGGACAGGUCUCUGUUGGAUGGCUGAUAGUAUGGAAAUGACUAUUUUGUCUAUUUUAUCACCUGCAUUGCAUUGUCAUUGGCAUAUAUCUAGAUAUCAGCAAGCGUUGACGACAACUGUUGUUUUCUUAGGCAUGAUGUUGUCUUCUACGUUCUGGGGUAAUUUAAGCGAUAGAUAUGGCCGAAAAAGCGCGUUGACUUUGUGUUCGGUUUUGUUAUUCUACUAUGGCGUGUUGAGUUCGAUUGCUCCGAGUUAUAUGUGGGUUUUGUUUCUGAGAGCACUGGUUGGUUUUGCUAUUGGAUGUACACCACAAUCUGUGACAUUAUACGCUGAAUUUCUACCGACCAAACAACGUGCAAAAUGUGUAGUACUAUUGGAUUGUUUUUGGGCCUUGGGAGCAUGUUUUGAAGUUGCAAUGGCGUUGGUUGUGAUGCCAACUUUAGGAUGGCAAUGGUUGUUAUUUUUGUCAACGGGUCCUUUAUUGGCUUUCACUUUAAUCACACCAUGGCUACCAGAAUCUGCUCGUUUCCAUGUUGCUAGUGGGCAAACAGAAAAGGCACUAGCCACUUUAGAAAAAAUAGCAAAAGAUAAUGGUAAACCUAUGCUUCUUGGAAGGCUUGUGGUGGAUGAUGCUAACGCUGCGUCCCCACACCGUGGACGUUUCAGAGAUCUUUUAGUUCCAUAUUUAAGAAGGACUUCUUUGCUUUUAUGGUUCAUUUGGAUGUCAUGCGCGUUUUGUUAUUAUGGUUUGGUCCUGAUGACAACUGAACUCUUUGAGAAUUCUGAAAACGCCUGCAUGGCUAAACCCACCCGCAAUAUUGAGACUUGUUCAGCUGAAUGCCGUCAAUUGCAAACUAAAGAUUACAUGGAUAUUCUCUGGACAACUUUAGCUGAGUUUCCGGGUAUUUUUGCCACUAUUUUCAUAAUUGAAAGAUAUGGACGUAAAAAAACAAUGGCGGUGCAGUUUGUUGUGUUUGCUGUUUGUGUAUGUUUCCUUGCAGUAUGCACAGAAACGAGAGCGUUUUUGACGUUUAUGCUUUUUUUGGCACGCGGUAUCAUUGCCGGUGUUUUCCAAGCCGCAUAUGUCUACACACCGGAAGUAUAUCCGACAUCUUUACGCGCUGUUGGUGUUGGUUCCUGCAGUGCGAUGGCGCGACUAGGCGCUAUGAUAACACCGUACAUUGCACAGGUCCUAGUAAAAACAUCAAUAAGUGCCGCUACUACAGUAUACGCAGUGGCAGCCAUCUUGGCAGCCAUAGCUUGCCUUGUCCUACCAAUCGAGACACGUGGUAAAGAACUAAGUGAUAACAUCGAACAACAAAAACAGUAUCAAAAGCAAGAAGACUAUGCAACAAUGCAACAAACACAAGUACAAACAAACGCACCUCAAUCCGAUACAGUAACUUCAACUUCAACAUCAAAUGAAACAAAUGGAGGAACACAUGUGGCGCCUCCAUCUCCAAGUGAGGUUAUACAACAGUCACGAAACUCUACGAAUGAAGUCGAUGUCGAACACGACGAUGAAAAUGCUACCAAACGCAUGUGAUACUCAUACAUCACGUAAUUUUUGUAGGUUUAUAGUUAAAAUGCUAAUAACACAAGACUGCCACACUCAUCCAUAAAUUAUAACCUCACAUGAUACAUGUGACGUCACACUUGAGUAUUUCUAUGUUUUAGUAACAUUUGAUGUAAUACUAAUCAACGAAUUAAUACCAAAGCUUAAUUAAUAUUACUUAAAUGCAAAACUUUACCAAUAUUAGGUAUUAGUAAGAGAAUUAAUAUUUAUUUAUUAUUAUUUGUAGGUUAUACUACUGUUACUUAAUUGUGUAUGUUACUGGUGCUUGUAAUCAAUUUGAAAUUCGCAUGAAAUCUAAAACUUGUUAUUUUCUUCGAAUAUUUAUUACGAUACUUUGUUGUUUAACGUAAUUUUAAUUGUAUUUUUGUACGUUACACUUAAUAAUGAUGAUGACGUUAUGUAGUAUGACGUAGAAGGAAUUCUGGAUGUCUUAAUUGCAAAAUACUCAUUUUGAAUAUGUGAAAACAUUAAAUAAUGGUUAUCAUUCACAAUUACCUUGA